ACAUAAAUAGUUAUGUUAUGAAAAGUAACAAAAUCUGAAGUGUAUGUUUACACACUUUAAAGAGAAAAUAAAUGUGUGUGUGAGUUGAGGCUGUGCCCCUGCUGAGGACCAAUCUGAGGUGUGGCUUUACGUGUAUAUAAAGACAGAGCCAGCUGACUGCUGUGACUUUUGAUUGUACUCCAGCACACGGAUCUAACCUACGGUUUCAAAAUGUACGGACAGAACCAAGGAAACCAGUACCCUCCUGGUUAUCCGAACAAUCCUCAGCAGAUGCCAGGGGGAUUCCCUCAAUAUCCUCCAGGCACUGUCCCAGGACCAAACUACCCUCCUCAGCCCUACGGUCCACACGGAGGCCAACCGGGAUAUGGACCUGGUUUUGGUCCAGGCCAAGGACAGGGAUAUGGACCUGGACCAGGUUUUGGUCCAGGACAGGGAUAUGGAGCUGGACCAGGUUUUGGGCCAGGCCAAGGACAGGGAUAUGGACCUCGACCAGGUUUUUGUCCAGGACAGGGAUAUGGAGCUCGACCAGGUUUUGGUCCAUUCCAAGGACCGGGAUAUGGACCUCGACCAGGUUUUGGUCCAGGCCUAUGCCAUGGAUGUGGACACAGCCAUGGUGAGGGCCACGUAUGCCAUGGACAUGGCCACAGGCACGGUCACGGUCACGGUCACAGGCACAGGCACAGGCAUGGUCACAGGCAUGAGCGAUGUCACAAGAAAGGAAGGCACUCUCGGGGGUCCUCCAGCAGCUCCUGCAGCAGCGACUCGGACUAGAUAAAGAUUCCUGGGACAGGAGGAGGAGGAGGAGGAAGAAGACAAGAUGGCACCUGGAGACCUUCAUCCUGCUACUAUAUAUUAUAAUCAAUCAAAGCAUUUAUACAAAAAAAGACUCUCUCCUGACACCCAUCCAGGAUCCAACAAUGCUGGAUGUUUGAAAAUUAUUUUAGAUUAGCCAUGUUAUGACCGGUUGACAUGAUCAGAUGCUAUUAAGCUUUAAUUGAUAUUUCAUAACUUUGUUGUACGAGACGCAUUUCAGACAUUAUUGUAUCCAUGACUGUUUGUGAGAAACAAAGUGCUUUCUGUGUAUGAUACAGCUAGUAAAGUAACAAUGCAAUGUC